UGCACCAUCAUUAAACUCUGCUCCUUAAAAUGCAUGGAGCUUUAUCUGUUACCUUCAGCUCUAUCCAAGGGCUCUAAAACCUACAGAGGAUGUGAGCACUAGUUCAACUGCUGCCCAUAGGCAUCCUUCAGAUUGGCUACAGAUGAAGACUGCUGGCUCCAAGGAUGUAGGCUGCUAUUGGAGCCUUUAGGCAAAGGCUGUGUGAAGCACAGCUCCUGGGAACCACCAGCCCAUAGCCAGGAGAGCAGCUUGGAGAGCAAACACUGUGGAAGUGGUUUUCCGACAUGAAGCUGGCAGCAGAUCUUCUCUGUUUGCUCCUGUGCUUCACUGCAGUGGGUUGUGACCGGGUCUAUGUCCACCCCUUCUAUCUGAAUGCUUUCAAUGAGAGUGCCUGUGAGGAACUGGAACGCUUGACCCAGGAAGGAAAGAAAACAUUUGUGCCUGCCUCCAUUGAAUCCCAAACCACACCUGCCUAUGAAGAGGAUGUGAAGGAUGAAGUCAGGCUGGAUUCCCCUAGCUUAAGUGUCCAUGGAGGGCAGAAACUGAUCUACCUGAAGGACUUUGUGCAUGUCCUUGGCAUGCGAUUUUACAGUUCGCAGAGGGAAGCACGGCAGGGCCAAAAUGUCCUCUUGUCCCCUACCAGUCUCUAUGGCUCCUUGGUGUCUUUCUACUUGGGUGCAUCCAACCAGACAGCUGCUGAUUUGCAGGGUUUGCUGGGAUUUGUUCCCCCCUCUAGAGACUUCAAUUGCACCUCCAGGGUGGAUGGGCACAAGCUCCUUGCAAGCCUGAGGACUAUCGAAAACCUUGUCAAAACCCAGGAUGAGGAUCUGCUCUUUUCCAAGAUGUUCUGCCUCUUCUCUGCCCCUGGCAUACCCUUAUCCCAACAGUUUGUGCGUAGCUUGCUCCCCUCUGCUGAUGCUUUUUACACGCGAGCUGUGGACUUUACAAACCCAAGUGAGGCAACAAAACAAAUAAAUGCCUUUGUGGAGGCCAAAAGCAAAGGCCAAAGCAAGCGCAUACUGACAGACCUCGACCCAGCUACUGACUUAGUGUUCACAGUGGAUGUUCAUCUGGCAGUGAAUGAUAAGAAAGCCUUGCGGCUGAAAGAACCUCAGGAGUUCUGGGUUGAUUCGAACAGGGCAGUCUCAGUCCCCAUGCUGUCAGUAACUGGGAUGUUCAAGUACAUGACUGACACCAGUGAGACCUUUUCUGCAAUUGAAGUCCCUGUUGGCAAGAACGUUCUGCUGGUGUUGCUGCAGCCCAUCAAUGGCAAUGACCUGGACAAAGUAGAGGCCAAGCUUCCCUUGCAGCCAUCAGCCUGGCUUGAAAAUCUGUCCCCAAGAAAAAUGAAAUUAACUUUGCCUGAGUUAAGAAUAGAAGACAGCUGUGAUCUACAAGAAUUUCUUGCAGAUAUGAAAUUGCCUGCACUGCUGGGGAAGGAGGCAGAUCUCAGUAAAAUAAGCGACACUCACCUCACUGUCGGAAAGAUAAUGAAUAAAGCCUUUUUCAAACUGAGCAGCGAUGGAACACAUCAGCCAGAAGACACCACAGCACAGGAAAAAGAUUCAGUGCCACAGGAAGUAAUGCUGAACAAGCCAUUUCUUUUAGCAGUUUUUGAAGCAAAGUCGAGGGCAAUGCUUUUCCUUGGUAGAGUAACAAACCCACUGCAGGAGGUUUAAAUGCAAGCACCAAGGAAGAGAGGAGAAGAAAAAGGAUGCACGUUUCCCAUCACCUUUUUGUACUCAUAAGCUGUUUUUAUGAUCGUGUUGAGUGCUGUACAUUACUUGGAGAUCAAGGGGAAAUACAGCUUCAAUACAGUUUGAAAUACAGCUUUUUAAAAGCUAAAGAAUUACAACAUCCCAUCUUCAUCCAUUUCAUGCAAACCGCCCAGUUCCCUUCUUUCCUUCUCCCCAUCUUGUCUUCCUUCUGCCCCACCAUUUUUCAAGGCAAUGGGGAUAAAACAGUAAUCAGCAAGUCAGCUUACAAUGUUAUAAGUGCAAGUGCAAUUUACUACAGAAAGGUAGGAAAAAGGAUUUCAUCAUUCCUUGAGAAGUCACCUUUUAGUUUGAUCAGUUUUGCAAGACACCUCUCCAAUUUUUCAAAUUAUCCACAGAGACUUCUAGCUUGAUCAGCAGUAUUUGCCUUCAAAAUGCUGCUAACAGCAUGGGAAGGCUUUACUUGUUCCACUGAGACAAGAUUUUGCCUUGGAAGCAAAAACACAUUUAUAGGAAGUUUCUUCUUUCUGCAGUCUAGAUGGACACGUUUAUUUCUUUACUCCAUGGAAAAACUAAAAAUAGGGCUGGUAGCAUUAAUGAACUGCUGCAGCUGAAUUCUCAUAGCCUGACAGCAGUUUCUCUGAUUAUUUAGAAAAAAAGAAAAGAGACCUACUUACUAUUCCAAUACAAUUUAAUUAUUUAGAAUAUUUACUGAUCUGAGAGGCAUUUAUUACAGUCUUAUGGUGAAAAAAAGAACAUUAGUGGUAAGCCUUAACACAUCCAAACCAUAUUUUCUGGGAGGGGGGGAAGGGAGGGGGAAGGAACAUUAUAGUAUUAGUGGCAGUAAUCUAUACUAAUGUCUAUACUAAUGGUGGGUGUGCUGCUACAUAUGAAUAAAAUGGUUUUAGAAGUCCAAAUUUUAGCAGUCACAGAAGUUGGAAACAUUAAACUGGAACAACAGAUUAUUAGACUUGAAUCCUGAAUGAGAAAGAGAGAAACUGGGAGCGAAAUCUUGGUACUGCAAAAGCCUGCAAGAGCUUUUCCCUUUGAUUUCAUUGGCACACAGACUUCCACCUCACAUUUUUAGAUUUGCCUUUGGACCUGAUGGCAUUCAGAGAGUAACUAACUGCAAACCCUUUUGCAGUACGAUACCAGAUGUAUUCUGCAGAGAGCAGUAUCUUACUGUCAUCCACAAUGGUACAAAUUUCUAUCUAUCUUACCCAAAACCACUCAUGUCAGCAGCUAGCUAUCGGUGCUACAGAUAAACAGUGGAUUCUUCUAUUUAAUAAAAAAAGACUAUUAAUAACACAACUCACUCUUGUGACUACUAGGAUUUCAAAUGCUAUAAUAUCCAUGCAUUUAUCUAAUUUUUCUGUAUGUAUUCCAGAUGCUUUAACAUAUAAAUACUGUGCUUGCAUUAUAUACAGCAGCAAUUAACUAUGAAUUUGAAGAACAGGAAAGCUGCAAAUAAAACCAACUUCUAAUUGCUUUGCCACAGUUCAGUUGGGUUUAUGCCUAUAACAACUAGAUCUCUUGUUCCAACUUUAGAAAUUUGCUCUAAAUCAGAUUUAUGUUUUGUAAGACAGUAAGUUGCAAAUUACAGCCAAUGAUAUAGCUGUAAGCAUGAAACAGCUUCCAAAUAUUCAUAAGGGCUCUAUUAAGUUAUUCCACUUAUUCACUGAAGCCAGAAGGUACAAUCAACCACAAAUAAAAUUGCAGACCACAAAAGUUUCCAUUUUUACCAUGAAAACAGAGUGUAACGUAAGGGAGCUCCUGCCAAUGCUGCCAUUAAGGUCUGGGACAAAACACCAUUAUUUGUAGCUGGGGACUACAAAAUACUGAAGGACUCCAUGUACUGCUCAGUAUUACAGAGAAGAGAAACAAGGAAAAUACUGGCAGUGGAAAGCACCUGUCCAUUGACACCCUGAGGAUGAAAAAGAAGGAAGAGUAUAUAUGCAUUCAGCUGGAUGCCUAAGUAUGAGAGUCCAAAUGGAUUCAUCCCAGGGAACUCACAGCUGGCUCAUGUUAUAGGAAGACCUAUUUCUCAAUGGUU